GUUAGACAGAGUUUAGGAGUGCUGUGCAAAGGAGGAUUAGUUCUUUUCUUUCUGAGGGUUUAACUUGAGUGAGGAUGUUUAAAACUCUCCUGAUUUCUUUCAGCUUGGCAACUGUUGCCUGGUCCCAGUUAUGUUCCCCAGAGGCAGAAAAUGCUGUGAAGGUUCGAAUCAGCCUCAGAAGUGCACUAGGUAAUGAUCAUUAUAUAUGGGAUGACCAUGAACUUUUCCUUUUUAAAGCAACGUUGGCAUAUACCAUGAGAAAAUCUGGUUAUGAAACAACACAGGUCGAACAUGUGCAUACCUGCAAUGUGACACCUAGAGUGUCAUUCUGGUUUGUAGCUCUCAAUCCUGAAAACAAUGCAUCUAUUUCAAAAAGUAUUAUGACUGACGCUAUAAAGAAGCACAGAGGAAGAAUAAACAAUGCUUUCCUGUUGGAUGACAACACAUUGGAGUUUGUUGGAAUUCCAGUAACAUUAGCACCGCCCGUUGAACCACCGGUUCCAGUAUGGCUGGUCUUAUUUGGCGUUGUCAUGGGCAUCGUUGUGAUUGGCAUCAUCACACUGAUUAUCCUGGGGGUCAAGCAAAGAAAAAAGAAGGCGAAAGAAGUUGAAGAAACAGCAGAUGAAAAUGACAGACAUGGAAAAAUAACUGAAAACGGUACAGCUAUAGAGAUUAAUAAAAUUGUAGAAGGCAGAAGCAAUGAAGCCUUUGAAGAUGAUUAUGAAACUGUGAGGAAAGAAGAUGCAGACCAUUUUAAAGAGAAAGAUACACUCACAAGCUUCUGAGACUGGACCAGCAUGUUCAUAUGUGCAAAACGUCAUAGUUCAGAUUGACUAUAAAUUCAGAUGUACUGUGCAACAUGGUUUCCAACAAAAUACCUGAGAAAAGCUUCAGAUUCCUGUUGUGUGAUGAAGAAAAUUAGACCAAAAUAUUAUUAUCCUUAAGGCAUUUCUGGUUAGUUUCAAAAUUAUAAUUAUUACUUUUGGUAAGGAUACUCAAGCAUUUUAGAUGCUGAUGUACAAAAGCUGUUUUGGUAAAAUAGCUAAUUAUAAAAAUUCUCUUUUCUGUAACUCCUAGAAGAUUAUUUUUUACAUAUAAAAAUGAGCACAAACCAUAGUAAAAAUGUAAUUUAGAAAUUAUUCUGUGUCCAAACUAUAAUGAAUGGAUCCAAUUGAUUUUCCAAAUCUAAACUCAUUGAAAACUGAUUCAACAGCCCCAGCACACCAGAACCAGAAGAUAUAUGUAGAGCACUUUGAACCCCAGAGAAUCACAAAAGCAUUGCUUGCAAGCUACAUAUAAUGAAUGAAAAUGCUCAGAAAGUUGUUUUUGCAGAGAAACAAGCCCUGCUUUUCCAUACAUCCAUAAUUUGCAUGUUAAGUGUGACAUCACAGAAACAGAGGAAAGAGGAAAUACUUGCCUUCCCUGUCCCCCCUGGAUGUGCAACAUCAGUUGCUAUAAGUCUAUAAGCAUAGGUAGAAAACCUCCCACCAGUGGAGUGUGGGGCUUACCCUCCUUACAAAAAAUGAUUUCAGAUUAUUUGCAGUGGUACUGCUAUUGAAAUUGCUGCUCUUCAAUGCAUUUUGAAUACUGAAUACCUCACUGCCUGCAGUAUUUUUAUUUGAUACACAGCCCCUCAUUGGUGGUCUGAUUUUCAAUACGUUCAUAUUCAGAGAAUUCAAUCAUACUGGAAUAAAUUUUUAAGCCAAAGUCUUACUUUCAUGGUGUGUUCACACCUUGGCAUCAGACAGUGUAGAUUAUGAUGUGAGUUUUGAAACGUUGUCACACUAAACCUUGUGUGGUAUUCAUUUUGUGAUCAUUUAAACAGAAUGUUGCUGCUCACUGCUUGUAUAUGUCUUUGCCAUUCUUUUUUUGAUUCCCUAGAUAUUUUGAUUUUUCUUGAAUUUGAUAAUCACUUGAAUUUUGAUGUAAAUAUUAUUAUAUUCACUGUUAAUGUACUUACUGGAAAUGCAUUACUUUAAUACAUUUGGAGUUUUCCAGUAAACAAAUGCUGACAAAUAAUAAAACAAAAAAUGUCACACUUUUAUUAGAAGGCUUUUAGACACUAUUUCUUGACUGUUCAUCAUGUCGUACAUCUCAAUAAUGUUUAGGGACUUGUACUUUAACAUUGCAGUGGGACCUACUUGCUAUUACUACAGAGUUAUAAAUACUAUUAUAUGCUCAAAAUUAAACAUUUUCAGAAUGCCUAUGUAUACCAGCCUUUGUUGUUGUCCUGUGUAUGUGACUGAUUUUGUACUGGUGAAAAUAAAUGUCACUCAAUAAGCUGUGA